AUGCUCAUACAUCCGUUAGAAGCUUCAUCCAAACUUCGCUUGCGACAUGAUUGUUAUAUGAUCUUGAUCGGUCAUUUACAAGGACGUGCGCAUAUUAAAAUGCUGGACAAGUUGGUUGCUGCUCGAGAAGAUCGAAUCGAAAAAACAGCAGAAGAUAGUGCCGAGUUCACCGUAUUGAACUCCGAAGAAAUGGAAUGUAUCCUUGAGCACGUGAACUUGAAUGCAGACGCUGAACGUCUAAACGACGAGCGCGAGAGCCAUUUUGUGUACGAAGACAAUUCCAAUCCUUCCCUCACGGAGGCAGUCAAAAGGAACGCGUCAUUUGAAAAGCUGAAAACUGUUUGUCGAAAGUAUGAAACAAGAAAGGAAUUGGAUCCAGAGAAAGCGAUGUUUCAACACGAACGACGUACUCAACAGUCAGUUCCAUACUUUCGCGAGAAAGGCUUGUCACCGGAUGAGACCCAAGCAGUAUCAUUUGUCAUUUCGUUCUAUACGGGCACAAGAAGCGAAAUCCUCAAUCGAGGAGCUAGUCUUAUUGCUCGCCAUAGAAAUGGGCAGAAUAUUGAUGAAGCUAAAAAAACUAGAACUGACCGAGGCAGCUAUUAUCCUUUAUUAUUUGGUGAAAGGUUUAUCACAUAUUCCAUAUCCCAUGUCGCACUUUUUUUCGUAAUACCGCCGGUUACCGACCGGUCUAUAGAUUACCGCUGGUUAACCCCACUGUUCGGUAUAACGACCGUUUAG